UUUUUAAAUUUAAAAUACAGGUUUGAUAUUCAACAGUGAUAACAGUCAUAAUUUACUGAAUGAAAGUGACGUAUCAAGAAAUACAGCACCCGAGAGACCUGCCUUAGCUAAUGGGCAGAUGUUCUCUCCCUCUAGGAGAGAGUCAAGUGGAUUCGCACAAACAAGUGGAGGAAACAUGGAGUAUCUUACAGUAAAUGGAGGAAGAGGAGAUGGUAACCAUCAUUUUCAAACAUGGAGUAAUGCAAAUAAUUUUGGCCACCGAGAACAUUUUGAAAAGUCACUUGAAGAGAGUGUUGGAGACUAUAGACAAGUGAAUGGAGGAAGAGGAGAUUCUGGUGAACACUUACAGAUGUGGAAUGGUACAAAUUAUGGCCAGAAUGAACAGUUUGAUAACUCCCAUGGCGAGAGUACUGGGAAGUAUAGUCAAGGUCUGGGAGAAAAUGAAGUGCCAGAACGUUACCACCAACAGGUUUUCUCAAAUAAUUCACAUAACGAAAACGAUAAACCAUUCAAACCAAUUUUCUCAAGUGAUGGUAGUAAAACAUUUGACAAAUCAGACGAAGACUAUAUUUUAGCAUACAAACACACAGAGGAUAAUGUAGAACAACUGCGAGUGCUGCUGGAUGUGCAGGAGAGAGAGCUGAAACGGCUGACGGAGCAAUUGGAGACUGAGCGACAGCAGUCUGCCAAGUACAAGAAUGAGAUGUUCCGCAAGUGUGCCCUGAUGGAGGGAGAGAAGGAGAGGGCCCUACUGUCACGUGAUGAGCUCAGCAAACUGCUCAUUUCGAGCAAAGAACAAAUAAAUAUGCUUCAAACAGAAGUGCAGUCUCUGAAAGAGAUUAUAGCAGCAAUGGAGAAGAAUAAAAAAAAGAGUGAUGAGAUGGAGGAGCUUGGGAGGAUACAGAUACAGGAGUUGGAGGAGAGGAUAGCCAUGAUGGAACGGUGUGAUCCCAGUAAAAACCUGGCAAAGCAGCAGGACAUGAUGGUGAAAGAAUUGAAGAACAAGCACCAACAGGAUGUUGUCAUGUUGCAGAAGCAGAUUGAAAAUCUCAACAAAAAACUGCUUCAAAAGGUGGAAGACUGCAGUGGGCUGGAAAAGAGGAUGGCCGAGUUGCAGAGGGAACAUGAGAUGCUGCUGGUUGAUAAGGGAAACACUAUCAACCAACUGUCUCGGCAACUGGACGAAAGCCAGGCCCAGUGUCGCCAACUGAUGGCUGCCAAUGUUAGUGUAGAAAAUGUUCGGCUGCAGAACCAGCUGGACGAGGUUGCACGGGAAAAAGAUCGACUCAAUGAGACUGUAAGGACUCUACAGAUUGAGUGCAACAUGAUGCGUUCAGAACUUGCCCAGUACGAGACCGUGUCGAGACUGAACCUGCCUCAGAGCAACAGUUCCAGUGAGGAGUCAGACUCUAUUGUGCAACUGGGCAUGAGCACCCGCACGUCGCAGUCGCAGCAGCUCGGCCGCACCAACCUCAACCAGACUGACACUAUCUGCAAGCUGAAGGCUGAACUCAAUAGAUCAUUUCUUAACCAGAAAGCGAAACGAGCAGAAAUUCAGAGGUUAACCCAGAUUGUCAAUGAAAAGGAAGACCAAGUACAGGAGUUGGUCAAACGGGAACGUGUCUACGUAGCUCAAUUUGAGACACUUAAUGACCAACUCAAUAAGAUGAAGGCUGAGUUUAAAUGCCUCAAGAGUGAACAGCAAAAGGUAGACUCUUGUGACAGAUCAGAAGAAAUUUCCAACUUGAACACUGUCAUAGCUGAACUUCGCAAGGAGAAAGUGGUUAUGGAGAGAGAGAAACUUGCAGUGCAGCAGGAGUUAGAAGACUUGAAAAAAGAUUUUGAGGCAGACAGGAAGAGAGAAAUUUCUGACUGCAACAAAGAGUAUUUGAAGUUUCAUGAUCAGACAGUGGCUACAGUCAAGAAGGAAAUUGAAGAAAAAGCUGACUUACAGGUCAAGGAAUACAGUAUUCGGCUGGAACAGAGCCUGAAAGAAUUGAGUGAGGUGAAGGAGAUGUACUUGAGUGUAUGCACAGCCAAGGAGCAGCUCGCUCUUUCCCUGCAGGAAAGAACUGCGGAGCUCGGACAAGUGACUGAGAAAAAGGAACAGCUGACUAGAGAGUUACAGGAGUUAACUGUGAUGCGGGACCAAUUAGCUCGCAGACUCAACGAGAGGGAGACUUCCAAGAUCAGGAACCAGACUGGGAACAAGAAUGAAAAUGAAGAACAGAUUGCAGAAAUCCUCCAACUUAAAACAGAACUGCACAAAGCUGAGCUGCAGAUAAAUUCAUCAAGAAGGAAUGAAAACCAACUGUCAGCAGAGUGUAAGCGGUUGCGUGAAGAGCUCUCAGUCAUGUCAGCACGGCUUACAGUUGAGAUUAACUCAGCACGUAAGCUGGAACAGGUGACUGCAGACAAGAAUCGGCUUGCUGCAGAGCUACAAGAGAUGCGAGAUCAUCUAGCUCACAAGCUCACUGAGCAGAAGACAGCAGAAACUGCUGCCAGUCAUGUUGAGGCUAAGGAAGAAAAUGACAAACUGAAUGCAGAAAUUCUCAGGUUCAAAACAGAAUUGCAGAAAGCCGAAUUGCUUAUCAAUACAUCACAAAGAAGAGAAAGCCAACUGUCAGCAGAGUGUGAGAGGCUACGGGAGGAUUUGUCAGCCAUGUCGGCCCGGCACACGCUCGAGAUCAGUUCUGCUCGUGAGGAGCUCAGAGACUCACGAGAACGGCUGAUUCAGCUGGAGAAGAAUGCUCGAACUCAGUUCGAGACAGAGAUGAAAAGUUUGCGCCAAGACAGGGACAUGCUUAAGACCAAGUGUGAUGAAAAGGAGGUUCAGAUAAUGAAGCUGAUAGAGAGCCGUAAGCGGGCCCCGGCCACGGUGACCGUUGCCACGGAAACAGAGGAUGAGGAGGAGGAGAAACAGCAGAGAGAACUAAUUCGUUGUCAGGAGGAGUACAACAGAGUCCUGGUGGACAUGGAGCAAGGACAUCGACAGGCCCUCAGGAAACUCAGGGAGGAAUACAAUAAUGAGAGGAUGGCGCUGGUACAGGAGCACAAGCAGCAGCUCCAGGCAGUGGAGGAGCACACCAAGCAACUGACGGUCAAGUUCUUUGCAGAGGAAGUGAAAAAAUUGGAGGCAAAGUAUGUGGACGAGGUUUCUAAUGUUGUCGAGAACCUGCAAAAAUCGCUACUGGAGAAAAAUUGUCUGGUGGAGAAUCUUCAGAAGAGAUUGGUCAGCCUGGAAGAUGAGUGGAGGGAGAAGUUGGUAGCACUGAACAGAGAGAUGGAGGCUGAGAAGGAAAUAGCUGCGCAGAUGAUGGUGCAAUGGGCUGAAGAAAUGAAGAAGAUCCAGGAAGAACUGGCAAGGAAAGAGGAAGUUAUAGAGAAUCAACGGACAAAAUUGGCAAAAGCUAAAGCCAUGGAGCAGCGACAUCGAGAGAAACUGAUCAGAAACAACGAAGUAUUUCAGACCCAGUACAAGAAGAAGUGUGACGAAUUCAAGGAGAUUUUCAAAGAGGCCAAGGAAGAGGCAUUUGAAAAACUCAAACAACUGGACAAGGUGUAUGAAGAUGAAAUUAAGAAAAUACAGAAAAAAGAAGAGAUGAGAAUUAAAGCUUUAGAGAAAAAAUUACAACAGAAAAGUUGAGAUGAAGAAAUUGAGUAGCAGAUGGUAUUGCUGCCAAGCAGUCCAUAAUUUAUCCAGCUGUGAUCGCAAUCGUUUCUGUGAAACGUGCCUUUUUGUGUUUGUGUAAUACUUGUAAAGUUUUUAUCUGUAGCUAAUAAUAAUAGUAUUUUUAUAAUGUUUUUAUA